AUGACGCAGCUGCUACCCAUUCGGUUUCAGGAACACCUACAGCUCACUGCUGUGGGGAUCAAUGCCAACAAUGUCAGCUUCAAUACAGUCACCAUGGAAUCGGACAAGUUCAUCUGUGUCCGAGAAAAAGUUGGUGACACUGCACAGGUGGUUAUUAUUGACAUGAAUGACACAACCAAUCCCAUCCGCAGACCCAUAUCUGCUGAUUCGGCUAUUAUGAAUCCAGCCAGUAAAGUCAUUGCACUUAAAGCUCAAAAAACCCUUCAAAUUUUCAACAUUGAAAUGAAAUCUAAAAUGAAGGCACAUACAAUGACUGAAGAUGUAGUGUUUUGGAAAUGGAUAUCAUUGAAUACCUUAGCACUAGUAACAGAAUCCUCAGUAUAUCAUUGGUCUAUGGAAGGAGAUUCGCAACCAAGCAAAGCAUUUGACCGUCACCAAUCUUUACUAGGCUGUCAAAUAAUUAAUUAUCGCACUGAUAUCAAACAAUCAUGGCUUUUGUUAAUUGGAAUUUCUGCUCACAACAAUAGAGUUGUUGGAAAUAUGCAGUUGUACUCGGUGGAACGUAAAUGUUCUCAACCCAUUGAGGGUCAUGCAGCAUCAUUUGCCCAAUUCAAGAUGGAAAGCAAUGCUGAGCCAAGCAAUUUAUUUUGUUUUGCUGUAAGAACUGUACAAGGAGCUAAAUUACACAUUAUUGAAGUUGGAAAUACACCAGCUAAUAAUCAACCAUUCCCUAAAAAAGCUGUAGAUGUAUUUUUCCCACCAGAAGCUGGAAAUGAUUUUCCAGUAGCUAUGCAGGUGAGCUCCAAAUACGAUGUGAUUUAUUUGAUCACGAAGUAUGGUUACAUCCAUAUGUACGACAUCGAAUCGGCAACAUGCAUAUUUAUGAAUCGCAUAUCCAGCGAAACGAUCUUCGUAACAGCGCCUCACGAACAAUCUGGAGGCAUUAUUGGAGUCAACCGCAAAGGUCAAGUACUAUCGGUUUCAGUUGAAGAAGAAAAUAUCAUUCCAUACAUCAAUGGUGUUUUGCAAAACCCCGAAUUAGCGUUACGAAUGGCAGUUCGCAAUAAUUUAUCGGGUGCCGAAGAUUUGUUUGUGAGAAAAUUCAACAUGCUCUUCCAAAAUGGUCAAUAUGCAGAGGCUGCUAAAGUUGCUGCCAACGCUCCCAAAGGAAUCUUACGUACACCUGGUACAAUACAGAAGUUCCAACAAGUACCUACGUCACAGGGCCAAACAUCGCCUCUUUUGCAGUAUUUCGGUAUUCUCCUAGAUCAGGGUCAGCUUAACAAAUAUGAAUCUCUUGAGCUAUGCAGACCAGUGCUCGUACAGGGUCGAAAACAACUGCUUGAAAAAUGGUUGAAAGAAGACAAGCUAGAAUGUUCCGAAGAACUCGGUGACUUGGUGAAACAAGUCGACCCAACACUAGCUCUCAGCGUUUAUCUUCGGGCCAACGUACCCAAUAAGGUGAUACAAUGCUUUGCCGAGACCGGACAAUUCUCAAAAAUCGUUCUCUACGCUAAGAAAGUUUCCUACACGCCGGAUUACAUAUUUUUGUUACGCAACGUCAUGCGAAUCAAUCCCGACCAAGGAGUGCUUUUCGCUCAGAUGCUCGUGCAGGACGAUGAACCUCUCGCUGACAUCAAUCAAAUUGUUGAUAUAUUUAUGGAGCAAAAUAUGGUGCAGCAAUGCACUGCCUUCCUUUUGGAUGCAUUGAAGAACAACAGACCAACCGAAGGUGCUCUGCAAACUCGUUUGCUCGAAAUGAAUCUCAUGUCUGCGCCACAGGUUGCCGACGCAAUUCUCAGCAAUCAGAUGUUCACCCAUUACGACAAGGCUCACGUUGCCCAACUGUGUGAGAAAGCGGGUCUGCUGCAGCGUGCUCUCGAGCAUUACACCGACCUGUACGACAUCAAGCGCGCAGUUGUACAUACCCAUCUUUUGUCUCCCGACUGGCUCGUAGGUUUCUUCGGCACUCUAUCGGUCGAGGACUCGCUUGAGUGUCUCAAAGCCAUGCUCACCGCUAACAUGCGCCAAAAUCUGCAGAUAUGCGUGCAAAUAGCGACCAAAUAUCACGAACAACUCACCACUAAAGCUCUAAUUGAUCUUUUCGAGAGUUUCAAAUCUUACGAGAGUCUCUUUUACUUCCUCGGAUCAAUUGUUAACUUCAGCCAAGACCAAGAGGUUCACUUCAAGUACAUCCAAGCCGCUUGCAAAACCGGUCAAAUCAAGGAAGUCGAGCGUAUUUGUCGUGAAAGCAACUGUUAUAAUCCAGAACGCGUGAAAAAUUUCCUCAAGGAGGCUAAACUAGUCGAUCAACUGCCGCUCAUCAUUGUUUGCGAUCGUUUCGACUUUGUGCACGACCUUGUAUUGUAUCUUUACCGCAACAAUUUACAGAAAUACAUUGAAAUCUAUGUGCAAAAAGUUAAUCCAUCCCGACUGCCAGUGGUCAUCGGUGGUUUGCUCGAUGUGGAUUGCUCCGAAGAUAUAAUCAAAAACCUCAUUCUUGUCGUUCGUGGUCAAUUUUCGACAGACGAGCUCGUCGAAGAGGUUGAGAAACGCAAUCGACUUAAGCUCUUGCUCCCAUGGUUGGAAUCUCGGCUCCACGAGAGCUGCAACGAGCCUGCAACUCACAAUGCUCUCGCCAAGAUUUACAUCGACAGCAACAAUAAUCCCGAACGAUUCCUCCGUGAAAAUCAGUUCUACGACAGCAGAGUCGUCGGCAAGUACUGUGAGAAGCGCGACCCCCAUCUGGCCUGCAUCGCCUACGAGCGAGGCCAAUGCGAUCGCGAAUUGAUCAGCGUUUGCAACGAAAACAGCCUAUUUAAAAGCGAAGCGCGCUACCUUGUGCGUAGACGUGAUCCUGAGCUUUGGGCCGAGGUAUUGCAAGAGAGUAAUCCCUACAAGAGACCGCUCAUUGAUCAAGUAGUUCAGACUGCUUUGUCCGAGACACAAGAUCCUGAAGACAUCUCCGUCACUGUAAAAGCUUUCAUGACCGCUGAUUUGCCAAACGAGCUGAUUGAGUUACUUGAGAAAAUUGUCCUUGACAGCAGUGUAUUCAGCGAGCACAGAAAUUUGCAGAAUCUUCUCAUUCUCACAGCCAUCAAGGCUGAUCGUAGCCGUGUCAUGGAGUACAUAAACCGUCUAGAUAACUACGACGCACCCGACAUCGCUAAUAUUGCUAUCAACAACGAGCUGUACGAGGAGGCAUUUGCUAUUUUCAAGAAAUUCGAUGUCAAUACUUCCGCUAUUCAAGUACUCAUCGAGCAAGUGAAAAAUCUUGAUAGAGCCUACGAGUUUGCUGAGAGAUGCAACGAACCCGCAGUCUGGUCGCAGUUGGCCCGGGCGCAACUGCAGCAAGGCAAGGUAAAAGAAGCUAUCGACAGUUUUAUCAAAGCUGACGAUCCAUCCGCGUACGUCGAUGUCGUUGAAACGGCCCAUCGUACUUCACAUUGGGACGAUCUAGUACGUUACUUGCAAAUGGCUCGCAAAAAGGCGCGCGAGUCCUUCAUCGAGUCGGAGCUUAUUUACGCCUACGCUCGCACUAACCGUUUGAGUGAUUUAGAAGAGUUCAUGUCCGGACCAAAUCAUGCAGAUAUCCAAAAGAUCGGUGAUCGUUGCUUCGAUGAUAAAAUGUACGAACCAGCCAAAUUGCUCUACAACAACGUAUCGAACUUCGCACGUCUUGCUAUCACGCUCGUGCACUUGAAGGAAUUCCAAGGAGCUGUCGAUAGCGCAAGAAAAGCUAACUCAACCCGUACGUGGAAAGAAGUUUGCUUCGCUUGUGUAGACAGCGAAGAAUUUAGACUCGCUCAGAUGUGCGGCUUACAUAUCGUCGUGCACGCUGACGAACUUGAAGACUUGAUUAAUUAUUAUCAGGAUAGAGGACACUUCGAAGAACUCAUCAAUUUAUUGGAGGCCGCUCUUGGUCUGGAGAGAGCCCACAUGGGAAUGUUUACAGAAUUGGCUAUUCUCUACAGCAAGUAUAAGCCUCAGAGAAUGAGGGAGCAUCUCGAGCUCUUCUGGUCGCGUGUUAAUAUCCCUAAGGUACUGCGCGCUGCUGAAUCAGCACAUUUGUGGGCUGAACUCGUCUUUCUGUACGACAAAUACGAAGAAUAUGACAAUGCUGUACUCGCAAUGAUGCAGCAUCCAACAGAAGCUUGGCGCGAGGGUCACUUCAAGGACGUCAUUACAAAAGUCGCCAACGUUGAGCUUUACUACAAAGCCAUCCAAUUUUACGUCGAGUUCAAGCCUCUCUUGCUGAACGAUAUUCUUCUCGUUUUGGCUCCACGUAUGGAUCAUACUCGCGCUGUGGCUUACUUUAGUCGUACUAAUCAUUUGCAACUGGUCAAACCUUACCUGAGAUCAGUACAAUCACUCAAUAACAAAGCCAUCAAUGAAGCUCUUAAUGGGCUGCUCAUCGACGAGGAAGACUAUCAAGGUUUAAGAACAUCUAUCGAUGCAUUCGACAACUUUGACAAUAUUGCGCUGGCGCAACAAUUGGAAAAACAUGAACUUAUCGAAUUCCGUAGAAUCGCCGCCUAUUUGUAUAAGGGCAACAAUAGGUGGAAACAAUCUGUUGAACUUUGUAAAAAAGAUAGACUUUUCAGAGAUGCUAUGGAGUACGCUGCUGAAUCCCGCAAUCACGAGGUUGCGGAAGAAUUGCUUGAGUGGUUCCUGGAGAGAGAUUCCAAGGACUGUUUUGCCGCUUGCCUAUUCCAUUGCUACGAUUUACUUCAUCCAGAUGUUAUAUUAGAACUUGCGUGGAGACACCAAAUUAUGCACUUUGCAAUGCCUUAUCUUAUUCAAGUAUCUCGUGAAUAUAUUUCUAAGGUCGAUAAAUUGGAAGAAGCUGAAAGUCGUCGUGUUGAGGAGACUGAUAUCCAAGAACAUAAAUCCAUGAUAAUGCCGGAACCACAACUCAUGCUAACAGCUGGUCCAGGUAUGAUGGCCCCAGGUUAUGCACCCCAGCAAGUUUACGGGGCACCGACGCAAGGUGUUUACGCACCACCUGCAGCAGCAACUGCAGCAGCCUACCAGGCGUACGGUAUGUGAGACGCCAAUUAUUACGCAAGAGCCAUGUAAGAGCAGCCCGACACCAAACAUCAUUAUUGAAGCAUCAACAUCAUUGUCAUCUAUUUUCAACGAUGAUGAAAUAUGAGUGUUGCAUCAAACGAAACGCUUAAUAUAUACGGUGUCAAUAUUCGACAUCCAUGUAAGAGAAGCUACUGGGUACUUUCAUCCAUUUUAAUCGAUUUUUCUAUUUAUUCGUUUUUUAUCAUCAGAGUAAUCGCUUAUACUCUGCUUCAAAUUUAUGCUCAUAAAACUCUCAUUUCGUCAAAAUAUUUAUCAGAAUGCCGUUCAUUGAUGCUGUAUAUGAUGAGUAUUUUGUUUUUUUGUUUCAAAAAACUUGAUUGUAUGCAAAUUGUCUAUACACGGUAUUCUUAUAAGAGAAUGUGUUUGUUAUCUAAUUGGUAACAUUUAAUGUUUUGUGAGAAUUAAGUGAUGAAUUUAUUCAAUAUAAGGUUAGAAAUACGUGAACGAUAAGAAAUUAUUUUUUAAUUUCUGAAUAAAAAUGAAUUAUCAAAUAUAAUCAUAAAUUAUAUCAAAUAAACAAAUAAAUGAUAAUAGUUUAAUAUAAUUUAACCAGAAAAAUAAAUUUAAAUAGAUAAAGAUUUCUAGACAAAAAACUGUUUGAAUUAGUUUUUUUUAAAUACUUUGUAAAAACAAUUUUAAAAGUGUUUAAUUCUAAAAAUCAAUAUAUUGAACAUCGCGACAUCUUCUACAAUGCUAACACUGCCUUAUGCCCUAAGAUACCAGAAAAAGUCUCUACUUAAAAAUUUUUAUCAAUCCACCUAAAUCUACGCAACAAUAAUUAUCACUAAAGUUUUAACGAUAUUUAUCGUAAGAAAUGAAGUAGCACUUACUGUCUUUCUUUUUGGGUCCGCAAACUCAGCUAUCUUUUAAUUACUGAUUCGGGAUAAUGCCAUUCAUCUGCAUGCUUUAAAAACUUGAAAUUAAAAAUGCGAAACUAGUUGUAUUCGUAUCUAAACUUGAUUCCAACUAAUAAUGAAAAUAUAAUUUUGACAACCGAAAAUACUCAUUCAAUUAGCGGAUUUUGUAUAAUCAAAUUUCUCCAGAAUGGCUUACGUACAGAAAAUCUUCCAGGUCUACAUAAAAAUAUAGGCACCUUGUAACGAUCACUACCUUUUGUUAACUGUACUCAACAAUAGAAAAUCUUUAUUAUACUUUAUUUUGAUUUUCUAUUUGGUCAGUUAACUACGAAUUCCCGAGUGUUUUCAAGAAAUCACUCAAAAGAAAAAAAGUAAAUGCAACAAUUUAAAAGACCUCUUAGAAUGAUGUAAUUUUUGAAUUAUGUAAUUGAGUUAUGCUGUCCAAGAACAAAAUUAUUGCGGUUAUGAUUGUAGCCUAAGUAAGCUAAAAUCUUAUCGGCUAGAAAAGAAAUCCUUAACGUGAGAGACUUCCAAGAAAUCACCUACUCUAGUUGUUUAAAGUUAUAAAAGUACGUGAUGAAAUUGCAUACUGAGGCGCAGGUUCGUCUAUUCAAAUAACUUCUUGAUGUAGGAGAAACGAAGGAAACUCUGACAAUAUUUUGCAAUUACAAUUCUGUUUUUAGUCCGAAUUAAAUUUUGAAUACGGGUUUGUGAGAUCAGUAUUAACUUCGUGACUUUUAUGUGUUACACAAACUCUCAAAUAUUAAAAAUAAGAUAAUAUCACAUAAAUUGACUUAAAAAUUCAGUAGAGCUGGUUAUUUUUUCAUCGAAAAUGAAUUAUUUUUCAAUAAGAUUGAUUAUACGCUGGAAUGAUCAAAAUAGCAUUCACUAAUUCGAAAUCAGCAUCAGUUUAUAAGAAUGAAUAUAUUUUUACUUUCGUUUAUUAUUUUGUGCAUUAUUCAUUAAUAAGUUUAUUUAGAUUUCUAUGUAUUGCAUUUAAAAUAUAAAAUAAACACAUUAAAAAGCAUACUGAUUAAUGUUUAUUCAGAUUAACUAAUUAUAAUUUGAAGAAAAUGGAUAAAUAAAUAGUUAAAAAAUUCUUUGAUGUUUGUUAUAAAAAUUUAUUAACGUAUGCACAAUUGAAGUUUUAAUGGAAGAAAAUAUAAGAAAUGGACAGAGAUCAUUAGUUUUUUAUUUGAGUAAUUGCAUAUUUUGAUAAAAACUUGAACAGUUGAUUAAAAUAUUUUUAGGACGUUCUUUCAAAGAUACUAUUAGUAGAAUUGAUGGGUGCUUUAUCACAAAUAAUAAUUUUAAUCGGAUAUCUCAAAAAAUUGAGAAUAUACUUUGCAAUUGUAAAAAAGUUUUCACGCGUUCACGUAAAAUUAACUUUCGUUUUAUUGUAUAAAUAAAGAGCUUUAACGAUCAUUCUGACGAUAAAAAAGUGGAUUAAUACAACUUAUCAGUUGAUGAGUUCGAAAGUACCAAAUAACUUCUCUCAUGAAAUUGCCGUUUAUUUAAAUUUUUGAUCAUAAUUAUCAUAUAAAACAUUUUCUGAUUGCAUAUUUGCGAAAUGAAGACGACUCUUUGAUGAUCUUUUUUAUAAAACUCGAAUGGAUUUAUUUAAUAAUAAAAGAAUUUACACAAGUCUUCAACUUUUUACACGCUUUGUGCAAGUCGAUUCUGGUUAUCGUUUACAAUAACUAAAUGCAUAUAAGAAUUUAUACUAAAGUAUAGAUAAUUUAUGAAUAUUAACAAUGAAUUCAUAUCAAAGUUAUUUUUCAUUUAAAGUGAAUAAAUGACUGUCAUACCUUCAACCCGUUUUUUAAACGUAGUUUAUUUAUAUCAAUAGUCAUAUUUAAUAUGAAAAUCAUUAUAAAAUAGUUUUUAAAACGGGUCCAAAGAAAUGCCAGCAAUAAUAGUUUUAUCAAAAGUUACAUAAGCGAUGAUUUUCAAUUGUAGAUUUUUGAUAUGAAUUAAUGUUAAUAAUGUAAUCGCUAUCGUGCAAAAUACAUUCACCAAAGCUUUUUAAAAUAAAACAUUAAUUCUCUUCGAUAACAUAGUACUGAACUAUACGAUGAUACGAGUCAAAUAGCGUGAGGAUAGUAUCUUAUUUACAUGCGCUCGUGAUCAAUAAUUCGUAAGAAUUUGCAUUUGAUAAAAUGAACUUCAUGGGAAAAACGUGAUCAGUUUGUUAAUACGUCAAUGAUUUCAUCAAUUUAAACACUAGUAACAAAUAAUCAUUAUUAUUUGAAUUAUUAGAGCGAUAAAUGAAAGUAAAUACAUUAAUACUAUGAUGUAAGAGAAAUUGUAGAGUGAUUGUCGUUCGUUCGAUAAGUGUGUAUCACCAAUUCUUGUGUAUUCUUCUUCUUGUAUAACAUUAAACUGGGUGGACAGAUCGAUAUUUAAGAGGGAAUAUAGAAAAGUUGACUAUGAAACGAUUUGAUUCGCAAAUGUAUCAAAUAUCACGAGAUGAUGUUGCAAAUUUGUAGAUAAAUAAUUAUGACAAAGAAAAGAAUUUAAUGAUAUUAAAUAUGAUUGUGGUGAAUGAAA